GUGUGCCUUCCCAUUGGCUGAGGCCGCCCGGCCCGGUAUCUGGGUAAGAUGGCCGCGGCAGAAGAGUGCUCGCUCGCAGUGCCGUUGGCUUCGGUUUCCCUCACGCACGUCGAGUACCCCGCAGGUGACUUUUCUGGCUACCUCCUGGCCUGGGUCAGCCUGGGUCCCAUCUUCAUCAUUGUCGGCUUCCUCACUCUCAUCGUUUUCAAGAGGGAGCUUCACACGAUCUCUUUCUUGCUGGGGUUGGUGCUCAACGAAGGUAUGAAUUGGCUCAUCAAGAGCAUUGUCCAGGAGCCGCGGCCCUGUCCAGAAAUCCAUCCGUCGGUCUUUUCCAAGUACGCGAUGCCUUCCAGCCACUCCCAGUUCAUGUGGUUUUUUGCUGCCUACUCCUUCCUCUUCCUCUAUUUAAGAAUGCACCAAACGAACAACGCCAGGUUCCUAGACUUACUAUGGAGACACGUGCUCUCCCUCUGCCUCUUAACUGUGGCCUUCCUGGUCUCAUACAGUAGGGUCUAUCUACGCUACCACACCGGGAGCCAAGUCGUCUACGGGGGCCUUGCAGGGACCGUCAUGGCCGUCGUGUGGUUCGCCUUCACGCAGGAGAUCCUCACGCCCUUCUUCCCUAGGAUAGCGGCCUGGCCGAUAUCGGAAUUCUUUUUAAUCCGAGACACCAGCCUCAUCCCAAACAUCCUAUGGUUCGAGUACACUGUCACCCGGGCUGAAGCCAGGAACCGGCAGCGCAAGCUGGGCACCAAGCUGCAGUGAGCCCUGGAAGGCGCCGGAAGCGGACCGCCACUCGAUUCUGCCGAGCAAAAGGACGACAACGACGGGCCGGAGCAGAGAGAGAGAGACCUGUACAGAGCGAGAGCUGGGCGCAAGGAGGCCUUGCUUUUGAGGGAAGGCGGACCCAAGGGCCAAGUCGAGGGACCAAUCCUCACCCCUUGCAAAACCCGGAAGUUUGCGCCAACCCCCCCGAUGCAUGUUGAAGAUGGGCGCGGACCCCCUCCCUCCUCCCCACGUAUAUCUAUAUCUAUAUCACUGGGGCACCGCGGACGGCCGCCAAUCCUUCCUGCACGACCCGUUUCUUCGCCCAGGGCUUGUUUGCACGACUCGACGCCGGUACAGAAUCACGGAGCUUGAAAGAGGCGCCCGGAGGCCAUCCAGUCCAACCCCCUUCUGCCUUCAAGGAAGACACCUUCCAAACCUUCCCGACAGAUGGCCACCCAGCCUGCUUCAGAGAGGAAGGCGCCAUCACACUGUUGAACAGCUCUUACCAUCAGGACGUUCUUCCUAACGUUUCUCCGGAAUCUCUUUUGUUUCCGGGAGUUUUGGUCGCCAUGUGUCCUAGUCUCCCAGAGCAGCCGAAAACAAGCUUCCAGAUACUUCCAGUCUUUUUUUCGUCUCCAAACGAAGCAUCUCCAAAAGGAUGUGUCUUUUCCCGGAAGACCGUGGAUCGUUCUGGACCCCUUCUUCCAUCUCGUCCAUCUCUUCCUCCUUGAGUUUCGGGCCAGGAUUACAAUUCCAGGUGAGAUCUGACCAAAAGAUGGGGAGUCCCGCAACUUCUCUCAACCCUGUUGGUGCGGCCUAGGAUCGCGUUGGCCUUUGUUGCCGCCGCGUCACACUUUUGGCUCAAUAGAAGCCGGGAAGGGGGUUUGGAGAAUACACACGACACAGCAUCUUGUCUGCAGGAUUGACCGUAUAUCUCUCUUUUUCAGAAAGCAAACCCGGUUUCCCUUUUUGGUGGCAUGCGGUAAACACACUAUUUAUUAGCAUUCUUUUCCGACGCGGACUGCUCUUUGUGGGUUUUCAGGGAAGGGAGGAAAACCUAUAUUUGGGAGGAUUUGCAAAUGGGCCGUUUAUCAUUUCUCCACGACUGUUUCAAAGCUGCCUUUCGUCCCAAUUUGACGACGGAGAGGAUUUUGUUUUUUGUUUUUUUCAGAGAAACACUAGUGACUUUUCCCUCCGCACCCGCGGGUGGCUUGACGCAGUGGUGAGAAUCCCACUAUGCUAACCUUAUGUCUUUUUUUAUUAUUUCUUUGGGGUCCACUUGUUCCUUUUCUGUGCCAGUCGUUUGGCCUCUUCUUCUUCUUUUCUCUCCUUUCAACUCUGUGAACUGGUUGUUUUGACAUGGAAAAGCUCAAAGGACGCACUGUUAAGCCACUGCUGUACUUAAAUGGUUUACAAAUCCCCUGAAGCAAUUCCCCAAAACUUUUACAUACUCAAUAAUAAUAAUAAUGAUAAUAAUAAUAAUAAAAAGUGUUUUUAUGGUCA